UAACUAUACAAGACAAGUCUUUAGUUCUUACCUUUCCUUUUCCAAGUAUAGUUGGUUUGCAAAAUCAACAUGAGAACUUCUGGGAUAUUGGGACAAUGGCCCCUACUUGCAUUUACUUUGGCAAUUUGCUUAGUAGCAACUACUGUUGUUGCUGAAUACUCUUAUGGCUACAAUUCUCCCUCACCCUCUAAGUACUACAAGUCACCUUCGCCUUCAAAGUACCAUGCCCAGGUGACGGUCUCUUACAAACAUUAUCCUUCACACUAUUACAAGUCGCCUUCGCCAUCAAAGUACCCUAGCCAUUCACCAAAUGUUUACAAAUCACCUCUACCUUUGAAGCAUAAUUAUUACAAAGCACCAAAACCAACAAAAUAUUACAAAUCACCUCUACCUUUGAAACACGAUUAUUACAAAUCACCGGUACCUUUGAAGCAUGAUUACUACAAAGCACCAAAACCAACAAAAUAUUACAAAUCGCCUGCUCCUUCAAAGCACUAUUACUACAAGUCACCUGCUCCUUCAAAGCAUUAUUACUACAAGUCACCAACACCAACAAAAUAUUAUAAGUCACCUGCUCCUGCGAAAUAUAACAAGCCAGUAACACCAACAAAAUAUUAUAAGUCACCAGUUUACUACAAGUCUCCACCACCACCAAAGUAUUAUGAGAAAUCACCUUCUUAUUACAAGUCACCUCCACCCCCUCCAAAAUACUAUGAACAUUCACCCUCCUAUUACAAGUCACCUCCACCCCCACCGAAAUACUACGAGCAGUCAUCGUCUUCUUACAAAUCUCCCCCACCUCCACCAAAAUAUUACGAGCAGUCGCCUUCAUACAAAUCUCCACCUCCACCACCAAAAUACUACGAGCAAUCACCAACUUACUAUAAAUCACCUCCUCCACCAUACUACAAAUCUCCUCCACCCCCACCCAAGUACGUCGAGAAAUUACCUACGACUUACAAUACACCACCUCUACCAAAAAUUGAUGAACAAUUACCAUCAUACUACAAAUCACCACCAACAACAACAAGCUACUACAAGCAAACUCCCACCUACGCAUCACCUCCCCCGCCAGUAAAGUACGAGCAAUCUCCCACCUACAGUUCACCUCCACCACCAGCCUACUAGUAAUUGAUAUUAAAGCCAUUCUCCUCUAUAAUUUCCAUCAUCUCCUUGGCUUUUAACUUCUUUGCAUCUCCAUCUACUUUUUUACCUUGCUCCUAAGUUGUAUGUAUGGCUUUAAUAUGAUCACAUCUAAGUGGUGUGUUUUAUUUUAUCGUAUAAGUUGUUUUGAUAUCGAAGAUCAUUGUGAUUUUCAUUGAUUCAGCUCAUUGUACCCAUUUUUUUAAUGUAAUUCCUUGAGAAUUCUGCUUUGCUUCAUACAUUACAUCCUCAUAUUUAUGC